AUGUACUCGGACUGCUCGUUCAAUUAUUCGAAAGAUUUGUCCAUCUCCUCCUGCGUGAAGAAGACGACAAUGGUUCUCUUAAAGGAGUGCCUAAACUGCUCGAUUUUCGGAUGGUCUGGGAAAUAUUUCGCGCAAAUAAGGGGAUUGGCAAUGGGACAGCGAUUGGCACCAAACCUUGCCAUUGUGUUUAUGUCUAAGAUAGAAGCCCCUGUUCUCGAUCUCCGGCCACUACUCUACUGCAGAUAUGUAGAUGAUUAUUUUGUCGUCUUCUCUACGCAGGAGGAGAUGGACAAAUGCUUUGAGCUAUGGACGAGCAGUCCAAGUACAUAA